GCCUAGAUCUGCCGAUCGGAGCACCGCGGAGCUGAAAAGGUCGACGCACGGGUCAAAAUUCCAGACCAUGGCAUCAGUCAGCAACACCGCGCUGUAUCCUUCCGCGAGUCACCGAGUGUUGACCGCCUCAAUCUGUUGUACAUUCGGUGAUACAGGGCAUUACCAGUGCCCUGGCUAUUUGGGAAGUUGAGGUGUCCGCCGCAGUCCCGUCGUACCACAACACUCAACCACCCAGCUCCUCAAUUGAACUCCCGAAUCCGCGCCCGACGCUUCCGGCACCAUGGCGCCCUUCCCUCCCCCUCCCGUCAACACCAUUGACUGGUCCAACGUGGGCUUCCGCGUCCGUGAGGUCAACGGCCACAUCGAAUCCCACUACUCGGUCAAGACCGGCCAAUGGUCGCCUCUCCGCUUCGUCGCCGACCCUUACAUGCGCAUCCACGGCAUGGCGCCGGCGCUCAACUACGGCCAGCAGGCCUACGAGGGGCUCAAGGCGUUCCGCCUGCCGGGCGACGGCGGCAUCGCCGUGUUCCGCGCCGACCGCAACGCCGCGCGCAUGCAGCACUCGGCCGCCUUCAUCUCGGUCCCGCCCGUGCCGACGGAGCUCUUCCUGGCCGCCGUCAAGGCCGCCGUCGCCCUCAACGCCGAGUACGUGCCGCCGCACGCCACCGGCGCCGCCAUGUACAUCCGCCCCCAGGUCUACGGCUCGUCCGCCCAGCUCGGCCUCAACCCGCCCGAGGAGUACACCUUCUGCGUCUUCGUCCUGCCCACCGGCGUGUACCACGGCACGCACCCGGUCAAGGCGCUGAUCCUGGACGACUUCGACCGGGCCGCGCCCAACGGCACCGGCAGCGCCAAGGUGGGCGGGAACUACGCGCCCGUGCUGCGGUGGAGCGAGAAGGCGAGGAAGGAGGGGUACGGCAUCACGCUGCAUCUGGACAGCAAGCACCACGAGGAGGUGGACGAGUUCAGCACGAGCGGGUUCAUCGGCGUGCGGGUCGACGGCGAGCAGGUGACGCUCGUGGUGCCGGACAGCAAGGCGGUCAUCGACAGCGUAACGAGCGAUAGCGUGCAGCAGAUUGGGCGCAGCUUUGGGUGGAAGGUCGAGAAGCGGCCGAUCAAGUACACCGAGCUGCCCAACUUCACCGAGGUUAUCGCGGCAGGCACCGCCGCCGCGCUGGUCCCCAUCCGAUCCAUCACCCGCCGCACCAGCUCGUUGCUGCCGGCGCAUCCCCGCGUGUCUGUCACGGAGGGCGAGGAGACAAUCACGUACAUUCCGGAGGGCAACGAGGAGCCCGGCGCCAUCUGCGUCAGGCUGCUCUCGGAGCUCAAGGCCAUCCAGCUCGGCAAGGUGGAGGACAAGUUUGGAUGGCGCUUCGAGGUCACCGAGGCGGAUGCGAAGGCCGUUGUCGCCGAGGCCGGGGAGGGCAAUGGCAACGGGCAGACGGUGGAUCAGCUGGACUGAGGGCAGGUGUGCGUAGCACUGCUGGAGGGUAGCUGGGCAUUUCAGGUCAACCAGCCAAAAACAAGGCAUAUAAAAGGGGGUUCGGCAAAUGCUUAGAAAGCCAGAGUUACCGGUUGUCACUGGAGCAAAAAAGAUUCAGUUAGAAACACCUCAUUUUGGCAGGACUCUCAACAAUGUGUUCGUAUCAAGUCGCGGCUUAGUUCAACGGGAUGGAUGGGCACCACUCUUCCCAUCAGCAUUGACCCCGUCUCCUAGCCGCAGCGGACGGCCACCUACGAGACCUUCUGGAUCCCAUCACGGAUCCCAUCAGGUAAACUUGCAUACCUCUGGGUGAAGCCGAGUCG